UCCCGAAUUUUCAUUGCAAAUAUUUAGGCAAAAUGCUAUUACGAAUUUUUCGGAUAAACAAUUAGAUAUGCUAGAAAUUAUGCAAGCUUUUAGAAAUACGAGAAUGAUUGAUAAGCGUCCGUUAGGGGACCAAAAAUCUAUUUUCAACAAAUUUAGCCAAAUGUAUACACCCUCAAUUUCUGAUUGGUUUAAAGAGAUAAAUUUUUGGGAAUUAUGGUUUAAGUUAAUUACUAUUAUGGUAGCACUAAAAUGGGCCUGGAAAUUAUAUAAUUAUUAUUAUAGACGCAUAGUUAAAAAAGAAAUUAAAAAUAUUCUAAUUUCCAAAUUUCAGGCGGAGAGGAUAUCGAAAGUGGAAAUGGAAGAAAUUAGAGAUGAGAAAAAGAUAACUAGAGAUGAAAGAAGGUGGUAA